AUAACCCUCCUUUAUCUCACCUUUAUAUCGUGAUGGAUCCGGUUUGCAAGUACCUUGUCCUUUCGUUACCCCAGUCAACAGACUCCAAGGAAUGGUUGGAACGGUCCUUGCUCGAUGGCAAAUGUCAGGCAAUCGACUUCAAGGUGCCAGACUUUCAAAUUGGUACCUUGGACUCGUUGGUUCAAGAGAGUGAAGAAUUGGCAAAAUUCGACACCCAGUUAGGCACCUCGGUGGCAAAGAUCGUGGAUAUCUUGGCCGGCGUGUUGGAGUCCCAAGCGUCCAUCCGAACCGUCAACUCCAAGAGCGUGUUGAGCUAUAUCGAGGCUUUCUCAUGGAACACCUCCAAGUACCGAUUGGACAAGUCGAUAAAAGAAUUGGUCCAAUUGAUUUCUUCCGAGGCCCUCACUUUGGACAACGAUGUUAGAACAUCGUACCAGACGUACCAGAACGCCAAGUCCAAUUUUUUGGCGGCGGACAGAAAGAAAAAUGGGGAUUUGUCGAUUAAGUCUUUGCACGAUAUUGUCAAGCCCGAAGACUUUGUUAUUGGAUCGGAAAACUUGACCACUAUUUUGGUGGCCGUGCCCAAGAACUUGGAUGAUGACUUCAAGAAAUCAUACGAGACGUUGACUCAGUUUGUGAUACCUAGAAGUGCCAAGUUGAUCACCUUCGACCUGGAAUACAAAUUGUAUUCCGUCAGCUUGUUCAAGAAAUACGAGCAAGAAUUCAUAAAUGGUGCCAGAGAGAAAAAGUGGCAGCCUCGAACUGACUUCACCUACGACGAGGAAGUGUUGAACAACAUGAGAAAGGAGUUUGACUUGACUAGAGCCAAUGAACAGAAGUCCAAGAAUGAUUUGAUCAGGUUGGCCAAAACGGCAUAUUCCGACAUCAUUUCUGCGUGGUUCCACAUAAAAGCCAUUAGGUGCUACGUGGAGUCUGUGUUGAGAUACGGAUUGCCACCGCAAUUCGACUUGUCAUUUAUCAAGUUCACUCCUAACAACUUUGGUUCUAUUGAUAAGGCUAAAAAAGAGUUGGUGGCCAAAUUUGGUUAUUUGGGAGGUGAUGCCAUCUCUAACAAAUCUAGUUUGCACGAAUACGCUUCAUUGGUUGAUCCAGAUUACGAGCCGUUUGUGGUUUAUCAGGUGGAAAUUGUGUAAGUUACCCAGCCUUGCUUUAAUUCAUAUUUGUUUCACACGACAAUAGAUUCAUAUAGUAAUUUACGUUCAUUAGAC